UGGCGCCGAGUCGUCGUCAUCGGUUUUGUUCAGUUCCUUUAACACUGUGCAAAAACCCCCAACGAUCACAGUCUCACAGACAUGGAGAUUAGGGAUGACUACAAAUUCCUGAGAAUUCAAGACGCAUUUAAGGCAUUGCAUCUCCAUGUUAACCUCAUUGGAGUCAUCGUCGAGCUAGAUUUCUCCACUGGCUCUGAUUUUUCAUGUUCGCUCAAAAUCGUUGAUCCAUGGCAUUCAGGAUCUGCCCUUCCCGUUAAGUUUGUCGCUCGUACCAUUCGUUCGCUUCCUCGUGUUGAAUCGAUUGGGGAUAUAAUCUUGCUGUCACGUGUAAAGAUUGUGCUGAUUAACCGGAAAAUUACAGCUCUCUGCAAUGAAACUUCUUCUUCGACAUUUUCUCUAUUUAAUGGAGAACAUGGCGUUGAUUUUAUACCAUACCAGUCGUCACCUAAGUUUCUGAUGAGAGAACAGGAUAAAAGCUUCUUGUCGACUCUGAGAGAAUGGAUGGUUUCUUACAAGUUCGAAGAUGGUUCUUGCUCUUUCACCUCCCUGAAAGAUAUCAAAGAAGGGGAAUGCUCAAACCUAUCUUGCCAGAUUGUUCACAUUUCCAAGGUCUAUAAAGAUAGGUGGUACAUUUAUGUUUGGGAUGGAACUGAACUGCCACCGUGCAACAUCUUGGUAAAGUCAGAAAGGCCUCCUUUAUGUGUCGAACCCGAGAUGUUGCCUACAUACAUGUUACGCAAGUUUCCUACUUUUGGUUCUGUUUUGAGGAUCAUAGUAGAUAGAGUUAGUGAGAAGCAGGCCAUUCACUGUCUCCAACCUGGUCAGCACGUGAAGUUUCUAAACAUUUUCUUUCAAGUAAAUAUGGGAUUAUGGAACGCCACUUUUACUCCCUCUACAAAGAUGCAAUACACAAUGAGCAGAGAAAGGCAACCCUUUAGUCCUCAAAGAAUGUGGGGGGAGAAGCUUUCAUCAAGAUGGAACCCGAUUGCACGUAGUAUUAGUCGCUCACAUUCAGGUAUCACAGGGGUUGCCCAUGAAGACGCUCCAUUUGUUUCUCUAAUGGACAUCUUGACCCAUCACAAUGUGACAGCUAAAUUCAGGUGUGUUGUUCGAUUCAUACAAGUGUAUCCCCCAGAUGUCAGAAAACUCCGCGAUUCCAACGGGAAGUUCAAAUUGCUAGCCGUAUUAGAAGAUGCAACUGCCAGAAUCCACGCUUCUGUAUAUGCUGAUGAAGGGGAAAAGUUUUUCGGGUGUGAGGAUUCCAACGAAGAGGCUAUAGGCAAGAAGCUGAAUAGAUUGUUGGGAGGUGAGGAGGUGGAGCAAGUGCCAAGAAAUCCUCCAUGGGUGCAAUGUUGCUUGUUCUCAUUCUACAAACACAAAAUGGAUCAAUGGGGAAGCAGAAGAUACAGGAUUUUUGAUACAUGGAUCAAUUCUUCAUGAGCCACAUUAAAUCAGUGACAGAUCAUAAUGUUAAGUGUGGUUAUAUAGUUAUUAAGAUUAAGUAAAUGUAGGAAUGUAGGAUAAUGAUGUUAGUGUCGUUUAUGCUGGUUUUAACACUCAUUCGAAGGUAAUAAAAAAGGAAAAAAUAAUUGUAAUAUCAAAA